GACAAAGUAACCACCUUCGAGCAAUUACCGUUACCGCUUUGUGCCCAUUACCCAUCAGAUCUUAUGAACUGCCCGUGAGACCGAAGUUUUGUUGUUUCACUAUCAGAUACAAAACUCGCGACGUUUUUUCUGCUGCACAAACAAGAUAUGGAAUCACCGAUAGGAGCUUCGCCUACGCCGCGGGGAACGCUCGAGGUUUUCCUCGCCAACGCCAAAGGCCUUGAAAACACCGACUUUCUUUCUAAUAUGGAUCCUUAUGCCAUCCUGAUCUGCCGGACGCAGGAGCAGAAAAGCACCGUUGCAUCAGGUAAAGGUUCUGACCCUGCAUGGAACGAGACCUUCAUCUUUGAUGUAUCUGAAGGAGUUACCGAACUUAGAAUCAAGUUAAUGGAUAGUGAUAAUCUCUCUAAUGAUGACUUUGUUGGAGAAGCAAAAAUCUCCUUGGAGCCUGUCUUUUUAGAAGGGAGUAUUCCACAGCAAUCAUACAAUGUUGUGAAAGACGACAGUUUUUGCGGAGAGAUUCGAGUUGCCCUUACUUUUAAAAGAGAGAUGCAUAGGGCAUAUGAAGCCGAUGAGAGCUAUGGUGGUUGGAAAGAAUCGUCGAGAGAUUACUGAUCAAAAGUUUACUCUGGACUAUUCUAUGCUUAUUUUUAUUUUUUGUGAUACUCAACGAAGUUGAAGAGUUUGUUUGAGAAGUGACAGAUAUAUUUUUUUAGUUGAAUUCUUAAAGUACGAAGGUAAGGUGUUGACAGGGAGUGACCAUGGUAUUUUUUGGAAUGUAUUACUAUCUCACACACAAAAUAACUUCAUACAGCCCGUUGGGUGACCAUAUUUUUUGGUGCAUCAGUUUUAUCAACUAAAUUUUUAUUUCGUAUGUUAAAUUGUGCAAUAAUCAAAAU